CUCUGAGAAUAGCUCAGAUUGCUCUGAAUGGAAGAAUGUGACCUGGGCAUAGUAAUUUGUACAACCCUUGUAGAACUAAGGACUGUAGGCUUAUCAUCUGGCCUGUCUUGUAGAGGAGUCUUUGUUGGCAUGUACACAUUAUAAUUUUAUUACUUAAGCACUUGGGGUCUUUCUGUUGUAUAUUUGGGGAGGUUCUUGUGAGAUGGGGUCUUAUUGUAUACAGAGUGGCCUCCACCUCCAUGCUCCUGCCUCAGCCUCCUCAGGGCUGGCUUAUACCACACAACCAGCUAAGUCACUGCAUUCAUGUUCUAAAUGUUUGUUUGCAAUGUCUGUCAGUGAAACUUAAACUCCCUGGGGCUGGAGAGGUGACUCAGUGGUUAAGAGCACUGGCUGCUCCUUCAAAGAACCCAGGUUCUGUUCCCACUACCUACAUUGUGGCUCACAACAGUGAUUCUACUGUAGUAGUAGUAGCAACUAACCAAGCUAGCCCUUACUGUAACUGUCACUCCAGAAUAACAAAGUUCUCUAAGAUGGUGCAGCUUGCCGGGCAGUGGUGGUGCAUGCCUUUAACCCCAGCACUUGGGAGGCAGAGGCAGGUGGAUUUCUGAGUUCAAGGCCAGCAUGGUCUACAGAGUGAGUUUCAGUACAGCCAGGGCUACACAGAGAAACCCUGUCUCGAAAAACAAACAAACAAAAGAUGUAGCAGCUUGAACCAGUGACUAUUAGCCUUUAGUUGCCAAAGGCCAGGAAGCUCGUGGUCUACCUGAGUGGUUCUGGCUCAGGAUUGCUUAAAUAAAGUUAUAGUUAAACUGUCAGCUGGAGUUAUUAGUGGCUUGAUGGUAGUCUGUGUCCCUCACAUGUGAAAGACCCUAGAUUCUUAGUGAAAGUCCUUAGUACUACAGAAAUAAUAAACAUGAUUGCAGUCAUUUCAAGACUCAGAUGGUGCUGGGAAUGUUGAUGCUUAUUUGAAAUCCCAGCCCUCGGGAGGUUUAGGCAGGAGGAUCCUGAGUGGCAAGCGAGCCUCAGGAGGUCAGAACAUCCUGUCUAGGGGCUGAAAGAUCUGAUCCACACCUGAUGUGGCUAGUAGCAGGACUCACACUGUGGAUCAGCUGUAGGGAAGUGCACACAUGGGACUGUUGUCACACUGUAGGCAGCUGUGGGGUACCGUACUGUGGGGUUGUGCAGGAGGUGAGGCUCACAGAGGACUAUUUUAUAGCCUGGGUCAUAGCAGCUUUGAUGACCUCCUUACAAAAUGACUGAUUUUUUUUUUUCCUGAAAAUUUUCUGAAAUUUCUGAGUUUCUUAUUUAGUGUCCUAGAGUCUCUUAGUGGGCAUCUUAGAAAAUACUAUAGGGUGCCCAGAUUCAUUUAAGCUAUGUAAAUUGUUAUAGUAAUUUAUUAUUUUGUUUUUGAGACAGGGUCUCACUAUGUAGCCUGGGCUGAUCUAGAACUUACUAUUUAGACCAGGCUGGUCUGGAACUCAGAGAUCUGCCUCUCACCUCUGAGCCUCCCAAGUACUGGGAUUUAAGACAUUCAUUAUCACAGUGGGCACAAUAAAUAUUCUAAAAUAUGCUGGGUGGUAGCACCACUCACCUUUAGUCAAGGCACUUGGGAGGCAGAGGCAGGAGGAUUUCUGAGUUUGAGACCAGCCUGGUCUACAGAGCAAGUUCCAGUAUAGCCAGGGCUACACAGAGAAACCCUGUCUCAAAAAUGAAGUAUUAAGAUAGGAUCUGCGAUGUGGUUUGUUGGGUGAGCACUAACUAGAGUUCAGAUCCCCAGUGCCAGUGCUGGGAGAGCAUGGUGGUGUGAUGACCCAGCCUCAGGAGGAGGAGCUAAGAGCUCCAGGACAAGGUAGCCAAGGAGGCCAGCCCUAUCUGAGAGCUCUGGGUUUGAUUGAGUGACCCUGCCUCAGUAAGGUGGAAGAAAGGUUGAGGGUAAUUCAAAAAGAGAAAGUUUAAUCACGUAAACUAAGUUAGAACUUCUCAACCCUGUUCCGAGAGUUCUGGGGGUCUCUAAAAAAGGGCCAGCUCCUUUUAAAAAAGUUUUUAUUAAUAAAUCUGUGUGUGUGUGUGUGUGUGUGUGUGUGUGUGUGCACGUGCACGUGGAUGAUCAGAGGACUACUUUGUAAAGUCUUUUCUCUUUUACCUUUACAUGGGGUAUAGUGGCUGAACUAUAUAUAUAUAUAUAUAUAUAUACACAUACAUACAUACAUACAUAUACUUCAGUUAUUAUGACAAACUCUUUACCCACUGAGCCAGGCAUGGCAGUGCACUUAGUUAAUCCCAGCACUAACAUGGCAGGGGCAGGUGCCAGCCUCUUCUACAUACUGAGGCUGUUUGGAGUGGGAGUUUGCUUUUGGUCAGGAAAGAGUGGUAUAGUAGUUACGAGCACUGGCUUCUCCUCCAAAGGACCCUGGUAUCCACUGGGUGCUUCACAGUCCACGGCAGCUCCGCUCCCUCCCAGGGGAUCUGAUGCUUCCUUCUGGACUUCUCAGGCUCUGCACACACCUGGUGCACAGACAUAAAGCAUACAAGCAAAACACCCAUACACUUAAAAUAAUUUUGGGGGAUGGGGUUUGAAACAGGAUUUCUCUAUAUAGCCCUGGCUGUCUUCCAGGGCUAUAUCCUGGAACUUGCUCUGUGGACCAGGCUAGCCUUGGACUCGAUCUGCCUCCCGAGUGCUGGGAACAGAAUAAAGCUUUUUUUAAAAAACAAAACAAAACAAAAAAAUGAAAAUUUGCUUCUUAAAGUUUGAUGUAAAAGCAGGACUAAUGAGGGCUUGUAAGUCCUAGCUCUUUAGGAGGCUGGACAAGUUCAGGGCCAGCAUGGUAAACUUAAUGAGAUCCUAUCUAAAAAAAGAGAGAGCUGGCUCAGCAGGUACGGCGGGCACCUGCUGCCAAGCCUGACAGCCAGAACUUACACCUUACACCCGAGUCUAGUGCAACACGGCAGAAGGGGAGAAACGAGAGCAUGUCGUCCUGACCUCCACAUCCAUGGACACACAAUAAAUGAUGAGAGAAUAUUGAAAUCUAAGGGCCAUGAUGGUAUAGUUCCACAGAAUAGCACUUCGCUGCCACAUCCAUGUGAAUUCCCAGUGCCAACGCCCGAGGAGAAGGCUGAAGUCAAGGAUGAGUAGCUGUUAGAACAGUCUUCCCAUGAAGGCACUCAGACCUCUAACCCCAGCAGUCAGAAGGCUGAGGCAGGAGGAUUGACAUGAGUUCCACAGGCCAGCCUAGUCUGCCUAGUGAGUGCCAGGGUAUAAAGAGACUCUGUCUUUAAAAAAUAGAAAUAAAAUGAAAAAGAAGGCAGGAAAGAGGAAAUCCUCUGUAGACCAGGCUGACCUCAGAGACCCGCAUGCCUCUGCCUCCCAGUGCUGAGUGGUGCUCCACCAUCCCCAGUGCUGAGUGGUGCUCCACCAUCCCCAGUGCUGAGUGAUGCUCCACCAUCCCCAGUGCUGAGUGAUGCUCCACCAUCCCCAGUGCUGAGUGAUGCUCCACCAUCCCCAGUGCUGAGUGGUGCUCCACCAUCCCCAGUGCUGAGUGGUGCUCCACCAUCCCCAGUGCUGAGUGAUGCUCCACCAUCCCCAGUGCUGAGUGGUGCUCCACCAUCCCCAGUGCUGAGUGGUGCUCCACCAUCCCCAGUGCUGAGUGGUGCCCCACUAUCCCCAGCUGCUCUGUUUUUUUUUUUUUCUCCUGCUGCUUUCUGGUUUCUUAUUUCUGUCAGCUUUAGUUGUUUGGCAUUUCCUCCCAUUAUAAACCUAUCUUACCAGUUUUGAAAGUCUGCUUGUAAUGUCCUAUUUGGUUAAAUUAGCCAGAGACCAUUCAGAGGGUCACAGCCUAAGAAUCGUAAUAAAUACAAGAGAGAGGGAGUUAGGCUUUUUCCAGAAAACUGCAGGAAAUUAACAUAGAAAGUCAAGCUCACAGCAGAAACUUCGGUUUGGAAAGUAUUCACAUUUCCUGUCCUGUCUCACAAAUUAAGUUUUGGGUGGCCUGUGUUCCAGUUUGGGGCAGGUAAAGCACAGAGCCCACAGGGUCAGAGUCAUAGCUGUUGAGGGUUCAGAUAUUAAAUAGUGAGGCAGGAGAAAAAGACCAGAAUUUGAAGUUUCGCCAAGACUAGUGUGGAGUCGUUACCAUUUCCUUCUUGUGUUAGCCAGAAUGGGCUCCAGCCAGGCAGCCUGAGCACCUGUGUGUGUGUGUGUGUGUGUGUGUGUGUGUGUGUGUGUGUGUGUGUGUGCGCGCGUGUGCGCGUGUGUGCAAGUGUGUGUGUGUAAGUGUGUGUGUGCAAGUGUGUGCGCGCGCAAGUGUAAGCAAGCAGGAAGCCCUGGCCACACAUAUGACAGCAUUUCAAUCACUAAAUAUAUUAAAUGAAAAAGGACAGUCUUCAGCAGUUGCUGUUGAAACAAUGGGAUGUUAUUAUGCAAAAAAUGAAUCGUGACCAUAAAUGUGUUUCAUACCAAAAAAAAUAAACCAAAAGAAAUUAUAGGGCUGGUGAGAUGGCUCAGUGGGUAAGAGCACCCGACUGCUCUUCCGAAGGUCUGAAGUUCAAAUCCCAGCAACCACAUGGUGGCUCACAACCAUCUGUAACAAGAUCUGACGCCCUCUUCUGGAGUCUGAAGACAGCUACAAUGUACUUACAUAUAAUAAAUAAAUAAAUAUUAAAAAAAAAAAAGAAAUUAUAAAAUGUAUAGCCAUGAAACUUGGUGGUUUUUUGCUUGUUUUGAGACUGGGUGACUACAGCCUUGGCUAUCCUGGACCUCCCUGUGUAGACUGGCCUCAAACACCUGGCUCUGCCUCCCAAGUGCUGAGAUUAAAGGCAUUCAGCACCACACCCAGCUUAAACCAUGGGCUCGCUUGAAGAAAGCAUAAAAGAAGCUGGGUUUAGCUAGCAGGCCAGUUCAGUUCAGUGUUGCUUGUCUGGUUUCCCGGCACUUGGGAGAGGCAGGAAGAAGGGAGUUUAGGGCCUUCUACAUUGCAAGCGAGUCUUCCCUGGACAAGAGAUGGGGGUGGGGUGGGUGCUGGAGAGAUGGCUUAGUUAAAAGCACUUGUUCUUGCAGAAGAUCCUGGUUUGGUUCCGUACCCACAUGGCUAUUCACAACCACCUAUAACUCUGAGAUCCUAUUCCCUCUUCUGACUAACAUGGGCACCAGGCACACACAUGUCGUACAUUCUUACAUACAGGCAAAACAUUCAUACACAUGAAUAAAAAUAAUAAGCUUUUUAAAAAAAAAAUCCUCCCCAGGUGGUGGUGGCGCACACCUUUAAUCCCAGCACUUGGGAGGCAGAGGCAGGCGGAUUUCUGAGUUCGAGGCCAGCCUGGUCUACAGAGUGAGUUCCAGGACAGCCUGGGCUACAUAGAGAAAUCCUGUCUCGAAAAAAAAAUAGUUUCUUCUAGCCAGGCAUGGUGGGCACACUUGGUUUUUAAGAAAUCUGCCUGCCUCUGCCUCCCAAGUGCUGGGAUUAGGCAUGUGCCACCACUGCCUGGCUGUGGGGUACACUUUUAAUCCCAGUACUCCAGAGGCUGAGGCAGGCAGAUCUCUGAGUUCAUGGCCAGCCUGGGCUACAAAGCAAAUUAUAGCAUGUCGAGGGCCACACAGAGAAACCCUGUCUUGAGAAACAACCAAGCUACUUUUGUUCUGAGGGAAACACUACAUAGAAGGAUAAACAGAACUGGAAUAAAAUAUUUGCAAGUCAUAUCUGACAAGAGACUUGUAGCUAUGAUACAUAAAGAACUUGUAUGCAUGUAUGUUUGUAUAUAUGUCCAAACCUGUGCACCUCCCUCUUCCCUGAGACAAUAGUCUCAUUCUGUAGCCCAUGCACUGAGGUUACAGUGUGAGCUAUCACACUGAGCUAAAGUGCUUUUGUUGGUUGUCUUGGUUGGUUGGUUAGUUGUUGCUGUGGUUGUUUGAAACUAUUGAGGCCCUGGCCUGGAACUUACUAGAUAGACCUUGAACCCAGAGAUCCACCUGCUAUGAUUCAAGGCUACCAUGUUUGGCUAAUAAUAAUUCAUUUAGGGAUUGGUCAAGUUUUUAAGUUUAGGGUGUGUGUGUGUGUGUGUGUGUGUGUGCGCGCGCGAUUGUACAUUCAUGUUUUGAUUACACAUAUGUCUAUGUGAGGGUAUCAGAUCCCCUGGAACUGGAGUUACAGAUGGUUGUGUGCUGCCAUGUGGGUGCUGGGAACUGAAUCCAGGUCCUCUGGAAGAGUAACUAGUACUUUAACCCUUCAGCCCUGAGAUUAUUUCAUUUUUAUGUGUAUCAGUGUUUUGCCUUAUGAGCCGUGUGCAUGCCUGGUUUCCACCAAGGUGAGAAGAUCAUUAGAGCCUCUGGACCUGGAGUUAUAGCUGUGAGCUACCCACCAUGUGGGUGCUGUGAAUUGAACCUGAGUUCUCUGCAAAAUCAGCACGUGUUCUUAACCACUGAGCUAUCUUCUAGCCCUAGGAUUUAGCAACAUUUUAAACAGUGAAACUUUAUUAUCUUGUUUUGCUAUAGGAUAUUCUAUAGCCUAUGCUCUUUGUUGAGCUGAUAAGUAGCUGAGAGAUGGCCCUUGAACCACCAGUCCUCCUCCUUCCACUUCCCAUACGGCUAAGCCAUGUUUUGUUGUUUUACUGUGGGGGCUGGAAAGGAGGCUCGGUGCUUAUGAGCAGUUGCUGCUCUAGCAGAGGUUCUGAGUUCAGCUGCCGCUAUAGCUCCAGUCAUAGAUGAUCCAACAACAUCCUUUUUUUUGGUCUCCACAGGGCACAUACAUAUAUGUAGGAAAACACACACACACAGAGACACAAUUAAAAGUUAAAACAUCUUUAAUUAAAAAUCUAAGCCAGGGGGCUGGUGAAAUGGCUUAGUGGUUAAGAGCACUGAUUGCUCUUCUGAAGGUCCUGAGUUCAAAUCCCAGCAACCACAUGGUGGCUCACAACCGUAAUGAGAUCUGAUGCCUUCUUCUAGAGUGUCUGAAGACAGCUACAGUGUACUUACAUAGAAUUAAUUAAUUAAUUAAUUAAUUAAAAAAAAUCUAAGCCAGGCAGUGGUGGUGCAUGCCUUUGACCACACAGAACUCAGAGGGCAGAAGCAGGGGGAUCCUGAGGACAGCCUGGUCUUCAGAGCGAAUUCCAGGACAGCUAGGGCUACACAAAGAAAUCCUAUCUCUAAAUAAAUAGCUGUCCGUCGUCCCCCCACCCCCCAAACCACCCUAUGAAUUACUGAAUGAAGCGAAAUGCGUGCGUGAGUCUAUACUGUGUGCCAGGUGCCCACAGAAGCCAGAAAGGAGCUUUGAUCCCCUGGAGUUUGUGUUAUGAGCCAUUGUGAGCUUGCUGUCCUUUGUGCUGGGACCGGAACGCUGGUCCUCUGCAAAGUAGCAAGCACUCUUAACCACGGAGCCAUCUCCGGCCUCUAAAGUCUUAUUUUUCUUUUCUUUUGGGGGAAGUAGGGGUGGGGUGGGGUGUUGGGUUUUUUGAGUCAGGGUUUCUCUGUGCAGCCCUGGCUGUCUUAGAUCUCACUCUGUAAACCAGGCUAGCCUAGAACUCUGAGAUCUACCUGCUUCUGCCUACUUAGUGUUGGGAUAAAUGGUGUAUACUACCACUACUUGGUUCAAGUAUCUGUUGUUAACAAUUUAAUAUCUGACAUUUUCUCCUCUAUCCAAGAACAAUAUGUUGUGCAGUUCUGGAGCUCAGUGAUAGCCAUCCCUCCAUCCACCAAGCUGGUACGCUUGUACCUCUAGGAACGGGGAGCCCCUGUGGGGCGUUAACAGUGUUAGGGAGGACAGGAUAACUGAAGCAGCUGCACACUGCUGAUGGAAAUGCUAAGUACUACACCUGUUCUGUGCUGUGACAGUUCGACUGCUGCUUACCCUAUUAAACAAGCGAGCUCCGAGAAUCCUGCUCCCGCCGCAUAUUUGCGGCAGAGUUGAGGAGUUGGUCACACCAAAACCUGUUUUAUCGUCUCUGUUCAUAAUGACUCAAAAACCGUGACCUACCAAAUGUUCUUGAGUGGAUAAAUGAAUAAACUGUAAUAUAUCCCAAACAAUACAGUAGUGCUCCGCAGCAAGAAAAUGGAACCCUGGCAGCACAGGACUCAAUGAUCUCGCAUUGUGCGGCCUGAAAGAAGCAUCCAGAACACAGCUGAUGCUAGGGCGCCGCCUGCUGGCGAAUGUCUGUGACCUCAGCUCUGGGAGGCUGAGGCAGGAGAAUUUGAGUUUUAUGUGAUGAUAAAACCUAAAAAAGCGCUUCUUCUUCUUCGGAAAACACCAAAUGGCGGAUGACGCCGGUGUAGCGGGAGGGCCCGGAGGACCCGGGGGCCCAGGAUUAGGAGGCCGCAGCGGCUUCCGCACAGGAUUCGGCAGCGGUCUUAGGGGCCGCGGUCGUGGCCGAGGCCGUGGCCGUGGUCGAGGCUGCGGGGCUCGUGGAGGUAAAGCUGAAGACAAGGAGUGGAUCCCCGUCACCAAGCUGGGCUGCCUGGUUAAGGACAUGAAGAUCAAGUCCUUGGAGGAGAUCUACCUGUUCUCCUUGCCCAUUAAGGAGUCUGAGAUCAUUGACUUCUUCCUGGGUGCGUCCCUAAAGGAUGAGGUUCUGAAAAUCAUGCCAGUGCAGAAGCAGACUCGGGCUGGCCAGCGGACCAGGUUCAAGGCUUUCGUCGCUAUUGGGGACUACAAUGGUCACGUUGGUCUUGGUGUUAAGUGCUCCAAGGAGGUUGCCACUGCCAUCCGAGGGGUCAUCAUCUUGGCCAAGCUUUCCAUCGUCCCUGUGCGGAGAGGCUACUGGGGGAACAAGAUUGGCAAGCCCCACACUUUUCCAUGCAAGGUGACAGGCCGCUGUGGCUCUGUGCUGGUGCGUCUCAUCCCUGCCCCCAGAGGCACUGGCAUUGUCUCUGCUCCUGUGCCCAAGAAGCUCCUGAUGAUGGCCGGUAUAGAUGACUGCUACACUUCAGCCAGAGGCUGCACUGCCACCCUGGGCAACUUUGCUAAGGCCACCUUUGAUGCCAUCUCCAAGACUUACAGCUACCUGACCCCUGACCUCUGGAAAGAGACUGUCUUCACCAAGUUUCCUUAUCAGGAAUUCACUGAUCAUCUUGUGGAAACCCACACCAGAGUCUCUGUUCAGAGAACCCAGGCUCCAGCUGUGGCUACCACAUAAGGGUUUUUAUACAAGAAAAAUAAAAGAAUUAAGUCUGCUUUAAAAAAAAAAAAAAACUAAAAAAGCAAGAAAUAGUGCCACUUAUACACUAAAAGACACAAAAUAGCAAAAAGAAGGGUUUGGGAAGUGAGCAUUGAGGAUAUUAGUUUUGUAUUCUUGCAGAUACAGAAGUCUGGGUGUGUUAACAUUUCGUGCCAUCUGUCCUAACCAGUUUUUCUGUGUAGAACUUAAUUGCACAUAAACCUAAUAGAACUGUUAUGGUUUAUAAAAAAAUAAAAGCUGUGUUAAGAAAGUAAGUGUAGCCGGGCGUGGUGGCGCACACCUUUAAUCCCAGCACUCAGGAGGCAGAGGCAGGUGGAUUUCUGAGUUUGAGGCCAGCCUGGUCUACACAGUGAGUUCCAGGACAGUCAGGGCUAUACAGAGAAACCCUGUCUCGAUUAAUAUUUCUGCUGAAAUGAUAUGUACCUAAGCAUGGUCAUCUGAAAAGAUGGUUAAUUUUGCCUCUUCAAAGAAUUUGUGGUCAUGCCUGCUUAUUGAAGGACAUUGACUGCAGUUCUAUCUGCCCUGCAUGGCUGUACAUAGUAGCAUGUAAAAGUGUCCUCUCAUAGCCAGGCAGUGGUGGCGCACGCCUUUAAUCCCAGCGCUCGGGAGGCAGAGGCAGGUGGGUUUCUGAGUUCGAGGCCAGCCUGGUCUACAGAGUGAGUUCCAGGACAGCCAGGGCUACACAGAGAAACCCUGUCUCAAAAAAAAACAAAAACAAAAAAAAAGUGUCCUCUCAAACGUCCAGUCAAGUCACCUUUCUUGUGUCCUCUCAGGGUCUCUUUCUUCUUCUGAUGGGAGCACCUGCUCCUACCUGGCUCUUAGUUGUUUGCAUUUUCUGUUGUGGGUGAGCUGUUUGCCAAUCUCAGUAAUUCCACACACACUCUAACUAGAGUAGCUAGCUGGCAUUUGUAGUAUAAGAGGUGUGCUUCUUGUUGUACAGAAUAGGCCUAGCCCUUUUCUGGAUAGAAUUAGCAGAACACUGGUCAGCAGGUCACCCCCACAUUCUGUCCUCUCUCGCUGAGUGCCACCCUACAUCAAAGCUCUUGUUCCCCAAAAAGAUUGGGAUCAAUUGUUCUGUAGACCUGAAAUUCCGAGGCCCUGCUGUGACUCCUGUCUGGUUUGUCUAUCCUUAGUCAGUCUGGCUCAGCUCAGCGAGGAGUCUGUAGCCUAGGGGAUCCAGUUCUGCUCUCAGGCAUUAAAAACAAAAAACUACACGAAUGGUUCCUCCUAGUGCUUGAACAAUAACACUGGUCUUUAAACACAGGCAUUUGAUACAGUGUGAAGACAGUCAUAGCUAGUUAUAAGAGUUAAUGUUUCUGCA